GCAAACGUAUAGUCUUUCCUGAGAAACGAAUUGGGAACAAUGGCGGAUUUGAAAGACGAAAGAGGAAACCCAAUCCAUCUAACCGACGAACACGGAAACCCGGUCCAGCUCACUGAUGAGUUCGGUAACCCCAUGCACAUAACCGGUGUCGCCAGCUCUGCCCCUCAGUACAAGGAGAGUGUUACUGGUAACAUUCAAGAGUAUCGAACCGCAGCAACACCAGCAGGAGUCGCUGUAGGCACCGGUGCAGCUGCCACCACGGCCGCAGGAGUCGCUACUGGUGAAACUACCACGGGGGAGCAGCAACACCAUGAAUCGCUUGGAGAGCACCUUCGUCGCUCAGGAAGUUCAUCAAGCUCUAGCUCGGAGGACGAUGGACAAGGAGGAAGGAGAAAGAAGGGCAUGAAAGACAAAAUCAAAGAGAAGUUAAGUGGUGGUAAGCACAAGGAUGAACAAACCCCCAGCACUGCCACAACUACUGGACCCACCACUACCACUGGAGCCGCCGCCGCCGACCAACACCAUGAGAAGAAGGGCAUUCUCGAGAAGAUCAAGGAGAAACUCCCCGGCCACCACAACCACCACCCGUGAAGACUGAAGUUGUUUUUCGAUUUCAUGAAUAAAUCGCUUGCUACCAAUGUAGAUAGUUUUUUUAAAUCAAUUAUGAAUGUCGUCUAGUAAAAGUCUGCUUGAUUUCUGGUUCAUUAGUGGUUUCCAGUUUGUGAACUUGUAUCAUGUUGCUGCUUUCAUUUAUAAGAAAAAGAUUGUAUGUUUUGUUAGCA